UUUGCUAAAGUUUAGCCAGCAGGCUAGCUUCGUCUUGUUGACUUAUGUUAUUGAGUUAUCGUUGUUUGAGCUAGCCUCCGAUCUAUUUCUCUUAGUAUCUGAGACAAAUGGGAAACUGAAACUUUUAAAAAGGAGCCAUGAACGGCAGCACUACGCCACUCUUAGACAAAGAGGAGCAUGUUUUGAAGCUCGGAGAGAGCUUCGAAAAGAGGCCAAAAUCUUCCUUUCAUACAAUUAGAUAUGACUUUAAACCUGCGUCUAUCGACACGAGCUGUGAGGGAGAGCUGCAAGUUGGAAAAGGGGAUGAAGUCACGAUAACAUUACCUCACAUUCCAGGUUCCACACCUCCCAUGACAGUAUUCAAAGGGAACAAGCGGCCGUACCAAAAAGACUGUGUGCUCAUCAUCAACCACGACACGGGCGAGUUUGUCCUAGAGAAACUAAGCAGCAGCAUCCAGGUCAAGAAAACCAGGGCGGAGGGGAGCAGUAAAAUCCAGGCCCGGAUCGAGCAGCAGUCGGUACGGUCCACCCAACCUACCUCCCAGUUCCGAGCCCCCACCAAGCCUGGUGCGGGUAUCAAGACCUCCCCCUCCCCAUCCAAAGAUAACCCUUCUCCAGAACCCCAGCUUGAUGACAUCAAGAGAGAGCUGCGUGCGGAGGUGGAGGUGAUAGAGCAGAUGAGCAGCAGUGGGAGCAGUAGUUCCUCAGACUCUGGCAGUGGAGAUGACAGCUCCAGCAGUGAUGGCGAGCAUGACGCCCCCCUGACUCACGGGCAGACCUCCCCCAGCCGCCACUCCUCAGCCAAUGGGGGGGCGGACAGACAGCAUGGCAGCAGCCAGCUCAUGAGCACACUCAGAAAUGGAGGAGCUUGUUUUGAAAUAUCACCUGUAGUUCUUGCCCCUUGUCUCAUCUCAUAUCAGAAAAAUCCGAGGGGUGUGUUUUUAUUAGCUCAUUGUAGAUUUUAAAAUAGUAGCGCUUCGUAGAUGGCCCACACAGUUCCCCUCAAAAGGCCCCAUGAAAAUGAACUACGUGGAAAACAAAACCGCGUUGGGAGGCUUUUGACCAAGUCUGAGUCAGCAUGUCAGUGGGCUCAUUGCUUCAAAUGUGUGUUGUGAUGGAAUUUCAGCCCGAACAUCAACUAAUAUUUCACUGUAUUCAUCUAUUCCUCAAUCCCAAACUCAUUUUACAUUGUUCAUUCUAUUAAUUUGAUAUUUAUCGCGAAGUAAAUCUCAGAGGACCGUGGAAAACAAUACUGAACAGUUAGUGAAACGAGAUUAGGGGGGAUUUUACGCUUAGUUUUAAAUAACACUGCCUUUUGCUAAUUGGGGGGAAAAAAGAGUCAUGGUCGGUCAUCGCCAUGUCAAGCUUCUUUGAAUUUUCAUUUGCGUAUUUACUGACAUUUGAUUCAGGAGCGUGAAGUGUGGUAGAAUUAUAUCAACCAUCAUAGACAAUUAAGUUCCAUGAUGUCACACAUUUGUGUCCUCUGAUCCCGAACGCUCAUAUUACAAAACUUAUAAAACAGGAAGAAAAAAAAUCUUCCAGCAUCCAUUCAUUAUCCAAGCCACUUAGCCUGAGCAGGGUCUUGGGGAUGCUGGAGCCUAUCCCAGCAGCCAUUGGGCGGCAGGCGGGGAGACACCCUGGACAGGCCGCCAGUCCAUCACAGGGCCAACACACGCACACACAUUAAUACCUAGGGACAAUUUAGUAUGACCAUUCACCUGACAUAAGAAAGGACAGGAUGGUCAGUUGGUUUGUGAAGUCAUAUCCCCCAAAUACAGGACAUGGGUUCAAGUCCAUAUUUGCUGUGUCUGCCGAAGUUUGGGUUUAAAAUGCUUUGUGGAUUAAUAAAGCAUAUCAACGAGUCUGCUUUCGCAGACAAAUAACCUAAAACGCCCAUUUUAUAGAAUCAGUAAGCAUCGCUAUUGGUUUUUAUUUAUUGUAAGCAUUCCUCAGUCAUUAUUUCUCCUCUGGUGGAAAAUUAAAUGUCGGGAAAGUACUUAAAUUGUCAUCAUGUUGGAAUGACACAUGUACCCAUGUACAUGUGUCAUUCCAACAUACGGGGUAAAUCCAGGAGGAAGCUCUGAUUUUUUUUUUUUAGUUUGUUCUACCUGUUGUGAGUUUCCCCCCCAGUACAGCAGUCACUAAUGUUCAGCAAUAUCAGUCAGUAUAAGCUGAUUAUUAUUACGAGCCAAACACUAACUAACCAGUGUCCACGUACCCUAAAAGUGUUUCC